AUGUCGCAGCGAUCCCGAGUGCUGCCAGGUUUUGGUCUUUCACUAGGCUUCACCCUAGCGUAUCUAUCAUUAAUCGUACUGAUACCACUGUCUGCCGUAUUCAUAAAAUCAUUAGGCGUAGGUUGGGAUGGUUUAUGGGAAAUCUUGAGCUCUGAACGUAUUUUAAAAUCAUUACAGCUCAGUUUUACCACCGCCCUGAUUGCAGCCUUGAUCAAUGUCAUUUUCGGCUUUUUAUUGGCUUGGUGCUUAGUCCGUUAUUCAUUUCCUGGUAAACGUAUAGUAGAUGCAUUGGUGGACUUACCCUUUGCAUUACCUACAGCGGUCGCAGGUUGGAUUGGUCACUUGCUCGAGCCUUUAGGGAUUAAAAUUGCCUAUACCUCACUAGUACAGCCAGUUUUAAGUGAUCUUGAAACUGAGCUAGAAGAAGCCGCUUCUGCAUUGGGUGCAAAUCGUUUUCAGAUCGUGACAAGAAUCAUUUUACCGAUUUUAUUUCCAGCAUUACUGACUGGCUUUGCAUUGGCAUUUGCUCGCGGUGUAGGUGAAUAUGGUUCGGUCAUCUUUAUUGCAGGCAAUAUUCCUUACGAAACUGAAAUUGCUCCGUUAAUGAUCAUUACCCGUCUUGAAGAAUAUGAUUAUGCAGGUGCGACGACAAUUGCAGUGGUGAUGCUGGUGAUUUCUUUCUUUAUCUUCUUGGGCAAGUCGCCGUACAGGGAGAACCGCACGAUGAGCUUAAAUACCAACAGCAAUGCUUUGGCUGAAAAACUGCAAUCUCGUGAUGCGACACGUGAACCUGCCUGGGUACGUAAUACCCUACUAAUUAUUGGUCUGAUUUUCUUUUUAGGCUGCUUAAUUCUACCGUUGGUGCUUAUUUUUGUUGAAGCAUUUAAACAAGGGAUUCAAGUCUACUUUGCAUCACUGGUUGAUCCUUAUACCCUGUCUGCGGUCAAACUCACAUUAUUGACUGCAGCCAUUGCAGUACCUUUGAAUGUGAUUUUUGGUGUUACAGCAGCAUGGUGUGUUGCCAAGUUUAAUUUCCGUGGAAAAUCAUUUUUAACCACCAUUAUUGAUACACCAUUUUCAGUCUCACCCGUCAUUGCUGGUUUAAUGCUGGUUUUGAUCUUUGGCUCACAAGGUUGGAUUGGAUCAUGGUUAAUUGAACAUGAUAUUAAAAUCCUCUAUGCGACACCGGCCAUUAUCCUCGCAACUGUAUUUAUUACUGUUCCUUUUGUUGCACGUGAAUUAAUUCCAUUGAUGGAAGCACAAGGAACAGAAGAAGAAGAAGCUGCAAUUGUGCUCGGUGCUUCGGGUUGGCAAACCUUUUGGAAAAUUACCAUUCCAAAUAUUAAAUGGGGUCUCAUUUAUGGCGUGAUUUUGUGUAAUGCACGUGCCAUGGGUGAAUUCGGUGCAGUAUCUGUGGUUUCAGGCCAUAUUCGUGGUGAAACCAAUACCUUGCCGUUGCAUAUUGAAAUUUUAUAUAACGAACCAAAUUCGAUUAGUGCUGCUUUUGCCGUCUCAACAUUGUUAGCAUUUUUGGCCAUCAUUACCUUGAUUUUAAAAACAUGGGUUGAAUAUCGCCAAGAAAAACAAGAUCGCGAAAGUAAAGAAUCAACUGAAUUGCACAUGAGUAUUCAAGUUAAAAAUAUUGAAAAAAACUUCGGUGCAUUCCAUGCACUUAAAAACAUAUCGCUAGAUUUUCCAGAAGGUCAACUGGUUGCCCUGCUUGGUCCUUCUGGCUGUGGUAAAACCACAUUACUGCGUAUUAUUGCUGGUUUGGAAUCAACUGAUAGAGGACAAGUUAUCCUUGAAGGUACAGAUGCAACCAAUAUUCACGUACGUGAACGUCAAGUUGGUUUUGUAUUUCAGCAUUACGCACUGUUCCGUCAUAUGACUGUUUAUGACAAUGUUGCAUUUGGUUUACGUGUUCGUCCAAAGGCGACUCGACCAAAUGAAACUGAAAUCAAAAAACGUGUUACCCGUUUAUUGGAUUUGGUACAACUUGGUUUCUUAGCAGAUCGUUAUCCAGCGCAAUUGUCUGGUGGUCAACGUCAACGUAUUGCAUUGGCACGUGCCUUGGCUGUUGAACCACGUGUAUUGCUCUUAGAUGAACCUUUUGGUGCAUUGGAUGCCAAAGUACGUAAAGAAUUACGCCGUUGGUUACGGACUUUACAUGAUGAAUUACAUAUCACGUCAAUCUUUGUAACCCAUGACCAAGAAGAAGCCUUAGAAGUUGCUGAUCAAAUCGUGGUGAUGAACAAAGGUGAUAUUGAACAAAUUGGUUCACCGCGUGAAGUUUAUGAAAAACCAGCAACUCCGUUUGUAUUUGACUUUUUAGGUCAAGCAAACCGUUUUGAAGGUGAAAACCAUCAAGGCAUCAUUCAAAUUGGUGAAGAUCGCAUCCAACUGCCUUCGGCUACACAAACUGCCAAUGGUAAAGUGAUUGCCUUUGCCCGCCCAAAUGAAUUAAAAAUUCACACGCAACCGACUGAAAAUACAAUUCAAGCAACCUUCUUACGUGAGUUGUGGAUUGCGGGUAAAGUCAUGGCAGAGUUACAAGAUCGUCAAGGACAACUGAUUGAAAUUGCUUUAAAUCCUGAUGAAGCAAAAUUACAUCAAUAUCGACCAAAUCAAACAGUUUGGUCGCGUAAUCGACGACAGGAUGAAUAUUACCCCUAUUCAUCCACAUUUGAGGUAUCGAACAUCAUGAACUUUCAACAAUUACGAAUUAUCCGAGAAACAGUUCGUCAAAAUUACAACUUAACCGAAGCCUCUGCUGCACUUUAUACUUCACAAUCUGGUGUCAGUAAGCAUAUUAAAGAUUUAGAAGAUGAAUUGGGUGUACAGCUGUUUGUUCGUAAAGGCAAACGGUUAUUAGGUUUGACAGAACCUGGUCAAGCAUUGUUGAGUAUUGUUGAACGCAUGCUUAUUGAUGCUGACAAUAUUAAACGUCUUGCUGAUGAUUUUAAUAAAGUUGAUGAAGGUACGCUUACAAUCGCAACAACACAUACACAAGCACGUUAUGUGUUACCACCGAUUGUCAAUUUAUUUAAAAAAGCAUUUCCCAAAGUUCAUUUGAUUUUGCAACAAGCCAGUCCUGUUGAAAUCUCUGAAAUGUUAUUGCUUGGUUUGGCUGAUAUCGGUAUUGCAACUGAAUCACUAACCACUGAAGAUAAUUUGGGCAGUGUAUCUUUCUAUAACUGGAAACACAGUAUUAUCACGCCACAAGAUCACCCACUGACUAAGCUUAAUCCUAAAGAGAUUACCUUAGAAAAAUUGGCUGAAUUUCCAAUUAUCACCUACCACGGUGGUUUUACAGGACGUUCUAAAAUUGAUAAAGCAUUUGAAGAUGCCAAUUUAGAUGUAGAUAUCGUCAUGUCAGCACUGGAUGCCGAUGUGAUCAAAACCUAUGUUGAACUGGGAAUGGGUGUCGGUAUUGUCAAUGAUGUCGCUUAUGACACAGAACGCGAUAAACGUCUAAAACAAAUCGAUACUGAUAUUUUUGGUUUAAAUACGACAUGGAUUGCGGUUCGUAAAGGGCACUUACUUCGUGGCUAUGGCUAUGAGUUUAUUUCACUCUGCUCUCCAGAAGCCGAUAUCAAAGCAUUGAAAAAAAUUGCCUAUCCUGAUGAUUAA